AUGAUGUCGCGCCAUGCGGCGAGGUAUCCAACCAGGUCUGCAGGAAACCGCCAUCUUGCCCUUUUUGAUAGAAUCCAUAAAGCAGGGAUUCCGCUGAACGGCUCAUUGUCAUUCCUGAACAACUGGACCUACAUCACCAGCAAUCCAGAACGAGACUUCGAACAAUUGACCACAACCGGUCCAUACGCUGGCACUCACCAAGCCUUCGAAACUGGACUCCGAUUCGCAGCCCAUUACAAACACCUCAUCCCUUCUGAUGCAAACACAAAGUUCUGGGCAAGUGAUUCCAAGCGCGUCAUCGAAACAGCCCAACACUUUGCCUCGGGGUUAUUUGGGUCUGACUGGGAAAAGGUCGGAAAGGCCGCUCUAGAAAUCAUCCCGGAGACAUUUGAUCGCCGCGCAGAUACGCUCACACCGGGAGAUACCUGUCUAAGAUAUCUAGAAGAUGAAGAUCGCGGCCAUGACAACGGCGUCAAGAUGCUCACUUUGUUUCAGCAAGCGUAUAUCCCGGCUAUUGCGGAGCGACUGCUCGUUGAGGAGGGCAACCGUGAGCUUGAGGGUUUCACCAACUGGGAGAUCUUCAGCAUGCAGGAAAUGUGUGGUUUUGAAACGACUGUUCGGGGCUCGAGUCCCUGGUGCGAUGUCUUCACGCGCGAAGAUUGGAAGAAUUUUGAAUACGGACGUGAUUUGGUGCAUUACUAUCGUGGAGGCCCGGGAAAUCCUUACGCGGGCGCAAUGGGCUGGCUUUGGCUGAAUGCCACAGCAAAUCUUUUGCGAGAGGGGCCCAAGGCGGGUUCAAUGUUCUUCAGUUUUGUCCACGACGGGGAUAUAGCACCUUUCUUGACUGCGCUGGACAUAAUGAAAGACGCAAAGUACGACCGAUUUCUUCCUGUCACACAUCGGGCAGAAGACCGCAUUUGGUAUACCUCAACUGUGAUGCCAAUGGGCGGUCGGGUCACGCUCGAACGGAUGACCUGUUCGCCAACUGAUCCUGUCCACAGCAUGAACAAAACAUUUCUCCGGAUCAACAUCAACGACAAGAUUGUGCCGCUGUCAUACUGUAAGUCUGGACCUGGCUUGUCUUGUCCGUUAAUGGAGUUCAUCGGUCAUGUGGAUAGAAGAAGGAUUGAAGUAGGAGAGUUUGGGGAUGUAUGUGGUUUGGAUGGUGAUGUUGGAGGAAUAACAUUUCUUCGGCAACAGCAACCUGAAUAG